AAAGCCUUUCACAUUGAACAAGAAAAUACCCAUUUGAGGUUUUUGGAGGUUUCACCGGGGCCGGCACUGAGCUUCAGUUCAUUAAUUUUCCGCCGGAAAAAAAUCAGAUUUCAUCUUUAGGGCACGUCAAGAGGUUAGUGAGUGAGAUUCUUGAGCUCCAAUUCCUAUGUUUUAUUUCAUAAUUAGAACUAGUUUUGCUUAUGGGAGGCAAACCAUUGCAGCCUCUCAAAGUUCCAAUCUUUUAAUCUUUAAACAAUCAAGUGGUCUUAGAUUUUUCUUCAAUAGCUCAAAUGGACGCUCAUUUGCAGCUUCAUACCUUAUAAACAAAUGUGGAUUCUCCCCAGAAAUGGCUUCUCGGGUUUCAAAUUAUGUUCAUUUUGAAACCCCUGAAAAGCCUGAUUCUCUGAUUGCUUUCCUGGAAAGCCAUGGGUUCUCGAAUACCCAAAUCGUAAAUCUCAUCAAAAGACAGCCACUGUUGCUUGUUCUUGAUGCUGAGAAAUCCCUUUCGCCCAAAUUAGAGUUUCUUUACUCUAUAGGAUUUUCAAGGCCUGAGCUUGCUAAACUCUUGAGUAACUAUCCUCGUCUGUUGACAUCUAGUUUAGAGAAACAAAUUAUCCCUUCAUUUGAUUUACUCAGGAACUUGUUUCAAUCUCAUGAUAAGACUAUAAAGGCUAUAAAACGAUAUACCGGUGUUCUUGCCUAUGAUCCUGAGUCGUAUUUGUAUCCAAAUAUGAAUGUUUUGAGAGGAAUUGGAGUCCCCGAAUCGAAUAUCCUUACGCUGCUUAACUGUCAGCCUAGAUCGCUUUUGUUUAAUCCGGUUCGGCUUAAGGAGAUUGUGGAGGAAGUCAAAAGAAUGGGGAUUGAUUCUUCAAGGAAGAAGUUUCUUGUUGCGGUUUACGCUUUCAGAUCAAUGAGCAAAUCCACAUUAGAGAAGAAGAUUGAUGUUUAUAGGAGAUGGGGUUGGUCUGACCAAGCGAUUAACGAAGCUUUCCGGAGGUAUCCAAUGUGUAUGACGGUUUCAGAGGAUAAGAUCAUGUCUACAAUGGAUUUUCUGGUGAACAAAAUGGGCUACAGUUUGACUCGCAUUGCCAAACAACCGAGUUUCUUAACACGGAGCUUAGAGAAGAGGAUUAUGCCGAGGGCUUUGUUUGCUCGAGAAUUGAUAUCACAAGUCGAAGCCGAAGCUUAGUUUUGCUGGUUCAUACAAUCACCUUUACGAGAUGGCGUCCAAUUUGAAUCAAUGAAACACUUUUCAUAUGGAUAACUCUAACUUAUGAUGUUGGAUUGAUAAAGUAUUAAUUGUAUAUAAAGUUAUGGAAUGAUGUAAAAUUAUUUAAGUUUUACAUCGAUGUAAGUGGAUUCUUUUCUGUUACAUUUAUUCGAUAUAAAAAUAAAUUGAUAAAUUCAUUUCUUUAAA